AUGUCGCAAAUCCUCCUAGACCGUGUCAAAGAAGUUGUAAAGCCUCUUAGAUCUUGUCGCAAUGCUAGUUUGGGGAGAGGUCUUCUCCCUAAAAGUUUUGUUGUUGCCGAAAGUCUUGAAUUGACAAAUAAAGGGUCAGUCUAUCGAAACCUAAGUGCUCUUGUUAACUACGGCAAGGACCAUGGGAAGCUUGUCGUUAUCGUUGACGUCAUCGAUCAGAAUCGGGCUCUUGUUGAUGCCCCAGACAUGGUGCGGAGCCAAAUGAAUUUUAAGAGGCUGCAACUUACCGACAUCAAGAUUGACAUCAAAAGGGUUCCAAAGAAGAAGACUCUUAUUGCUGCAAUGGAGGCUGCUGAUGUGAAAAACAAGUGGGAAAACAGUUCAUGGGGAAGGAAGCUGAUUGUGCAGAAGAGAAGGGCCUCACUGAACGAUUUUGAUAGGUUCAAGCUAAUGUUGGCUAAAAUCAAGAAAGCUGGUGUUGUUAGGCAGGAGCUUGCAAAGCUUAAGAAGGAGAUCACAGCCUGAGAAAUUUUAAUCUUUUGAUGUUAAGAUUUUCACUUGGUAUUUAAAAAGUUGUUUUGGUUUAUUAUGCUAGUUUUCUUCUACUUAUUGAUGACUUUAUGGGCACAUGAAAAAUACUGUUAUCUUUAAUUUUGGGAUCAAUUCGAAAAUCUUGGUGAUUUUUGGCAAAGGACAA